AUGAUCGUUCUAGAAAUACUAAUUUUUACCAUUAUAUUUUGGAUCAUUAAAUAUUUUUGGGACAACAGACGAUUUUACUAUCUUGCGUCUAAAAUCCCAACAAGUGCGUUUGACUUUUCAUUUAGUGGAAUUUACAACUUUUUAACAGCAGAUACCAAAAUGAUGUUAAAGCUUGUCAAUGAAAGUUUUGAUAAUGAAAGUGAUAUUGCUAAGACAUGGCUUGGUCAUAUUUUAUUCGUAAUUGCUAAUCAUCCAGAUGAUAUUAAGACCAUUUUUAAUGCUAAGCAGUGCUAUGAUAAACCUAGUUUUGUUAAGUUUUCUGCUAAAAUUGAAAAGGGAUCAUUAUUUGGGGAAUUAGAAUAUUGGAGAUCACAUCGAAAAGUUAUGAAUCCAUUUUUUGGAUAUCAAAGUUUAAGAGCAGUGAUUCCAAUAUUUAAUGACAAGUCAAAAGUUUUGAUCAAAAGUCUUGAAUGUAUGGUAGACAAGGAAGCAUUCAAUAUUUUUCAUAACAUGACAGCUUUAACUUUAGAAACGAUCUUAAAAGUCAUGGAAUAUGAUGUGGAUAUACAGAAUCAAGAAGCCAAGAGUCGAGACGUGUUUAUCAAGAAUUUAGAAAACUUCACAACAGUCGCUUUCCUAAGAAUGUUCAAACCCUGGCUUCAUCCAAAAAUCAUCUUCGAAAAUUCCAGUCUUUCCAAAAUACAGCGUCACGCAAUGUCAAAUAGUGCGAUUAGCUUUACAGAAGAUAUAAUUAAGAACAUUCGUUCCAAAACCAACAACAAUGAAGACGAAAAGCAUAAAAGCUUUAUGCAAGCUAUGGUAAAUCAAAAAAAUAACCUUAAUGACGAUGAACUUAAGCAUGAAGUACAUACGGUUGUGCUAGCUGCUCAAGAUACCUCAGCAAUAUCAUCAUCCAUGACACUUUUGGUGCUUGCAGUAUUUAAGGAUGUGCAACAAAGAGUUGUAGAUGAACUGUAUCAAGUAUUUGGAAAAACACGAGACACUCCAUACAUUGAAUUUGAAAAUGUGAAUGAACUUGUUUACCUUGAAAUGGUAAUAAACGAAGUAAUGAGACUCUACCCGGUGGUUCCAUUCGUAGUCAGACAAGUCGAUGAAGAAAUAGUUCUCGGUCAUAAAUAUACAAUUCCAGUCAAAGCAGCAGUUGUUGUUCCAAUCAGCAGAGUUCAUAAGAAUAAGAAGUUCUGGGGCGAUGAUGCAGAAGAAUUCAAUCCAGAAAGGUUCAGCAAAGAGAACUUCUCCAAGAUUCAUCCUUACGCUUUUGUCCCUUUUACAAAAGGUCCACGAAUGUGCCUUGGCUAUCGAUAUGCAAUGAUGUUGAUGAAGAUUCAGCUUGCCAACUUUCUGAUGCGUUAUGAAGUUGAUACGAAUUUGAAGCUUGAAGAACUUGAGUUUGGUGUUCAAGUGACAAUGACUGUGUGUCAGGGAUAUAUGAUUAAGAUUAGAGAUAGGAAAUAUUAA